UGCAAGAUAUUGCAGUGUUUGUGAUGAGUUUGUUUGUUAUAAAUCGGUACGAGGGAGAGGAGGUUAAGUCAGUAGACCCUCAAUAUAACCAUCUUAAUGAACUGCUUAAACGAGUCGCUGAAAGAAAGGCAGAGAAAGAAGCCCAACAAGCAAAAAAGAAAGCUGUCAAGGCAAGAAAGGCAGAGAAAGCAAAAGCUGAAGGUUUAAAAAAAAAGAGUAAAAAGAAAAAGGCUCCAAAGAGAAAACUCGAGCCAGAUAAUGAGAAGAUUGAUGAUCAGGAUGAGGGAGGUAUCAAAGAGGACAAUGUUUCGGACAAACCGGAAGAACUGCCUAAGAGUGAUCAGCAAGAGUUUACGAUUCUUGGGAGUCACAAAAAAGCCAAAACUCAAGUCGUUAAGAGGGUCUUGCCUCAUUGGCUCACGCAUGCCGAAUUAGUGUCUGCAGACUUGCACAAUGGUCCUAGAUUAGAAGAAAUGCAGGACCUUUUAGAUUCUAAGCUAGUGGACAUACUCAAGGCUGAUGGUAUUGAUAAAUUAUUUCCUGUGCAAUCACAAGUCUUGUCUUGGCUUAUCAAAUGUGAUAGAGACUACAAACUCGGAAGAUGGGUUAGAGAUACGUGUGUGUGCAUGCCUACGGGAAGUGGCAAGACUUUGGCUUAUGUGCUUCCGAUCAUUCAACUGCUUCAAAAUAGUUUUAUUCAGAUGGUCAGGUGUCUUAUAGUCUUACCUGUUCAAGAACUUGCUACUCAAGUUUAUAAAGUUGUACAAAAGUAUUCCAGUAGCACAUCACUGAAAGUGGCAUUAAUUUCUGGUGCUUCAUCAUUCAAAGAAGAACAACAAAAACUUGUCAAAAAAACUGAAAAUGGAAAUUUCACCAGUUUGGUUGACAUAGUCAUUGCCACACCUGGACGCUUGGUAGAUCAUAUCAGGAAGACUGAUGGAUUCUCCCUAUCGGCCCUUAGGUUUUUAGUCAUCGAUGAAGCGGAUCGCACUACAGACUGGCUGCAGUACAUACCGUUUCCACACUCCAAAGCUCCGCCUCUUACAUUAGGAAAUAUUCGCUCUUGUUUGAACACUCCAGCACAGAAAAUACUUCUGAGUGCAACUUUAUCGCAAGAUCCUGAAAAAUUAAGCAGGUUAGGCUUAUUCAGACCUAUACUGUUUACAUCGGCGGUCGUCGAUCUUGAGAAGCUUGACAGGGACUUGAAUCUCGACAAAAAUUUAAAUAACUUUACCAGCCGUUAUGGAAAUCCAAGUGAAUUAACUGAGCGAGUUGUCGAGUGCACACUUCAGUACAAGCCACUUGCGCUUUUCAAACUCUUAACAGAAAGUGAAAAAGUUGAUAAAACUUUGGUCUUUACGAAUUCGGGUGAAGCUGCCCAUAGACUGGCAAUACUUUUGCAAUCUUUGAUUAAAAGUAAGGAUGUAGUUGUUGGUGAACUUUCGGCGCAGUUGAGUUCCAAGCAACGAGAAGAGACACUUGAAAAGUUUACCCAAGGGACAGUGAAAAUACUUAUCAGUUCAGAUGCAUUAGCCCGAGGAUUGGAUAUUCCUGAAAUAAAGUUCGUCAUUUCAUAUGAUUUUCCAAAGCACGUGAAAGGAUACAUUCACAGAGCUGGUCGAACGGGCAGAGGUGGCAUUCCAGGCACAGCCAUAUCUUUGCUUCUAUCAAAUCAAACUGCUCUUUUUGGUAAAAUGCUGAGCAAAGUCGGUAAAACGGUACCUACCGUAGAGAUGCUAGAUUUGGAAGAAUUUGCCAAGACUGUCGAUUACCAGAGCCAUUUGGAGAAUUUGAAAUCUGCCCUAACUAGCGAACAAGAAUUAAAUCUCAAACGGUUAAAAAAUCACAAACGUAUGGUCAAAACGUGAUGCUAUUAUCUGUGUAAAUAAACAUAAUAUGGGUAAGCUGUGAAUAAAUUGUACUAUAAUAAUGAAUAACAUCCAUAAUAACAUUUUAUUGUCUGAAGUUAAUAGUAUUAUACAUAGUACACGUAUGUACCUCUUCCGCUUCACAGAUGAUCUCAGAUUCAGCUUAAUUCCGUAUAACAUAACACUUGUAUCGUUCCACUCAUUCUUAUUGCCUUUAAGGUAAUCAUUCGUAAAUUAAAAUUUUAUAUGUCAAUAAUUAGCUGCAAUUUAUUUUUUGAAUAAUUAUUAGGCUCGACCAAAUACACUUUUUAAAAUUUGAAAUUGAUAUAUUUGAUAUUUUUGCGUAAUACAAUUACUGAGAGCCACUCAGUGCUGUUAUACUUAUUCGUUGUAUCGAGUAUCCACUCAUCCAAAAAAAUUAACUUUAUUAAGUAAGUUAUAAUAUAAUUUAGUUAAGUUAAACAUUGUUUUUCCAAUCAAACGGCUCUAGUACAUAAUAUAUUUAUGUUUCAACCCUCAUAAUGUAAAUUUUUCGAACCUUUGAACUUUGCACACGUAUUUACAAAAAAUCAUUCAAUUAACAAAGUAUCAUACUAACCCAGAAUUUACGAAUUUUUACAGUGUUCGAAUCUUUGGUACAAAAAUCGCUAGCUUUUAAAAUUCAACAAACAUUGAAAGCCUCUAUUGACUUUCAGUUUAAACAAGUGAUUUAUAAAUUCUUUGGCAGUAUUUAGCAUGUAAAUUGCUUUUUUUGGUCAAGAAAUUUUUUACGUUUUACAAUUAAAAAAUAUACGUAUUCAUCAUUUUUCAAACAACAUUUUGAUCAUAACAUUCAAAUUCACGCGAAAUAACCGCUAUACACUUUAAAGAAAGGAAAAAAUAAAUGUAAAGCUCACACAUUCCUUUAUUCACAUGCGAUGGAUACAAAUGUUUUUGAACCUAUAAACGAAUGAUAUUUAUUUUGUUGAACGUUUGCAAAACGCGUUUCGUCAAAGGUUUAUUGUACACGAAAUUUGUGCUUUGCGAAUUUUAUUGAUAAAAAUAAAACUUCACGGCUACCUGUUAUGCUAAUAUAUUCACAUUUAUCGAACCAGUAUCAAUUUUGUACAAACACACACGCGUGGAUAAAAAUUUAUUUACUUAUCACGUGGAAUAUCGCCCACGCGAUAAAAUCAACAUUUGCCAACAGCUGCGAAAUAAAUAAACAAAUGGAUUUCCUUUGAAUUAUAGUGGCGCUCUGCAAAACUUUAUAUCAUUUAAACUGAAAGUCAAUUUUAUACUGCCACGCAUCCGAUUAACUUUUCGUUUGAUUUCGUUCAUUUUAAAGAACAAACGCACCGAUCGCGCAUCACACAUUACACCAAACAGAGA